AUGUUGGAGGAUAGAGAUGCCAACAACCGUAAGCAUGAAGUGGUUGCUGAGAACGUAACUAAUGUGGGGUCCGAGGGUACCGAAAAUGGAAUCCCAACCCAAGAACUAGCAACAAUUGACGCAAGACAAGUGGGAAGAGUUUGCUUCUACAAGACGUUUCUAAGUUGCAAGCCACCAGAGUUUGUGGGGUCAGAUGACCAUGUGGCAUGCAUGAACUGGCUUCAAGAGAUCGAGCAAGCCUUCCGAGCUUGUGAAUGUGAUGAGGGGCAAAAGGCGAAAUUUGGCUAUCAAAUGCUAAGGGGCGCGGCCCUUACCUGGUGGAAUAUUGUCAUAUCAACCAUAGAGGCCCAAGAGCUAGCCAAGAUGAGUUGGACCACUUUUAAAGAAAAAGUAUUGGAGGAAUAUUGCAAUGAACAAGAGAUGGAUCGCAUAGAAGAAGAGUUUCGAACCCUUAAGAAGGAAAACUUGUCAGUGAGAGCCUACACGCGACUUUUCAUGGAAAAACUGAAUUUAGUGGGACAUGUGGCUCCAACGGAGAAAGAAAAGAUGAAAGCUUACCUAAAAGGGUUGCCCGCAGACAUGAUGGUUAUGGUUAGGAAUUCUAGGGCUUCCACCCUUAGGGAGGCAAUCGAGGAGGCAAAAGUCAUGGAAACAGUUUUUAGUAAGGGGAAAGAAGAGAAAGUGGCAAGUGGUGAGAAAAGGAAGUGGGAAGGUCAUUAUGCAUGUUCUAAGAAACCAAACCACAUCAACAACACCAAUCGUGGAGUUUAUCCUAGGCAGGAGGCUAGGUGGUGCCUCAAAUGCCGCACCAAACACCACGGCCCGUGCAUCACCAACUCUACCCCUGCAAAAUGUUUUAAACGUGGGAAACCAGGCCACACACGAAAUGAGUGUCCUAUUAAAGGGCCCAUCUAUUUUGGAUGCGGGGAGCCGGGUCACUUCAGGAAUGACUGUCCGAAGAUGAAGGCAGAAGGGGGCCAGGGAAGAAAAGAAAAUACCCCGAAAAUGGUCGGCCAAGCCUUUCAGAUGACUGCUGAGGAAACUAAGGCAUCGACGGAUGUGGUGUCAGGUACGUUCCUUGUUAACUUCGUACCUGCACACGUGCUUUAUGAUUCAGGUGCUUCAUGUUCCUUUGUGUCCACUUCAUUCUACCAACUCUUGCAUACGCCCCCUAGUACACUAGAAGAUGCCUUGAUCAUUGAGUUAGCAAAUGGUAGUAAAGUUCUGGUGCGUGAAGUUAUUAGGGAUUGUGUAUUGGGAAUCGAGGGAAAAGAAUUUCGGGUAGACCUUAUACCUAUGGCCAUCGGCAGAUUUGACAUCAUAACUGGAAUGGACUGGUUAGCAAGGAACCAAGCGGAAAUCUUAUGUUCUAAUAAAUUGAUUCGAAUACCUUUACCGGACAGGGACGCAGUGCUAGUUCAUGGAGAUAUAAAGAAGGGAGACGUAGUACUCCUAUUCAUGGCAAAGACGCAUAAAUGCUUAGCUAAGGGAUGUCCCUCAUUCAUCGCGUACGUGUUAGAUGCCAAGAUAGAAAAAGGAGGAAUAGAGGAUGUGAAGGUGGUCAACGAAUUUCCCGACGUUUUUCCUGAAGACUUACCCGGUUUGCCACCCGUUAGGAAAAUGGAGUUCUGA